GAGAGCUCCUGUCUCCACCAAGGAGUGACUGCCUAGCAGCGGAACAGCUCUGCCUCUCGGACUCCACCUGCAAUGCCACCUACAGGGCCCUGGAACACUGUGCCCUGGCUAAGGCUCGCCUCCUCCCGCUGGAUCCUGACAGCAGGGUCAGGUGCCUGCGCGCAGAGCUGGACCUGGGAAACAGCUCUUUGCUGCACUGCAGGUGCCACCGGCGCAUGAGGAGACAGGAGCACUGCCUGCGCAUCUUCUGGACCGUCCACUCCGGCCUGGCAGAUGGUUAUUUCAAUUUGGAGACCUCUCCGUAUGAGAAUCCAGCAAACAAAGAACAUUGGAAGACAGAUUAUAAUAAGCUGGCAGCUCUGUUAUCAGGUUCACAGUUAGCAGGAGAUGCAACAAAUUCAUGCCUGAAAGCAACUCAUGUCUGUAACCUCAGCAAGAAGUGCGUUCGCCUGCGCACAGACUACGCCUCUACCUGCACCAGGGGAGCAGGAGGUGAGGACACGUGUGACCGUCGCAAAUGCCACAGAGGCCUAAGGAAUUUCUUUGAGAAAGUGCCUGAGGAUUUCACCAAGAGGAUCCUAUUCUGCCCGUGUCAAGAUGAAUUUUGUGGAGAACGACGCCGGAAAACUAUUGUUCCUGAUUGCUCCUUCCAGUAUAAUACCAAACCAAAUUGCCUCUGGCUUCUGGAUUCCUGCUUAGAAGACCAUAUCUGCAAAUCCCGACUGGCUGACUUCCAGCAAAACUGUCAACCUGCAGACACGUCUCCAGAUGGUUGCUCUCAGCACAACCACGCUGCAUGCCUGCAGGCCUACAUGGGGAUGAUUGGCACGCCCAUGACACCCAACUACAUCAGUAACUCCAGUGUGGACGUCUCCUUGUGGUGUACAUGUGAGAGCAGCGGCAACCAGAAGGAGAAGUGUGACCAGAUAAUUGGCAUGUUUGAGAGCAACAAAUGCCUUGAAAAUACCAUUUGGGCUGAAAUGCACCUGAAGCAGACAGCUGUAGAGAGACAGGAAGACUUACUUUACUCAUCCUCCCUGAGCUUCCAAGGAGACAGUGCCAGCACCUCUCUUGCUUCAGAGAUGUCCCAGGUGGCUGAAGGGAAGACACAGCAAGACAUCUCCAAACACAGCAGUAUGCCUAUGGCCUCCUCUGUAUAUUCUGGAGCUGCUAUUUCUUGGCCGUCUCUGGUUCUGUUCCUGCCCCUGUUGCUGAGUCCACACUAACCUGGCAUAAAUGGCAUCUUUCCUUCCCGUAUUAUUAAUCUUAUUCCAUAUCCAGGCACCUCUC